AGUCUCCGAAAUACCCAAGAAGAAGAACCACCAGACCCGCAGCUGAUGCGGUUAGACAACAUGUUAAUCGCUGAAGGUGUUGCGGGUCCCGAGAAAGGAGGAGGAGCCGGUGCGGCUGCGAAUGCGUCAGCAGCAGCGGCAGGUGGCGAAAACGCCAUCGAGCACUCGGACUACCGGAAUAAAUUGGCCCAAAUCAGACAAAUCUACCAUCAAGAACUAGAAAAAUAUGAACAGGCGUGCAAUGAGUUCACCACCCACGUGACGAAUCUCCUACGGGAGCAGAGUCGAACGCGCCCAAUAACUCAAAAGGAAAUCGAAAGGAUGGUUCAGAUAAUCCACAAGAAAUUCAACUCCAUCCAAGUCCAACUCAAGCAGAGUACCUGCGAGGCCGUCAUGAUCCUACGGUCGAGGUUCCUUGACGCAAGGAGAAAACGUCGUAAUUUCAGCAAGCAGGCGACAGAGAUCCUAAAUGAAUAUUUCUACUCGCACCUUAGCAACCCAUACCCAAGUGAAGAGGCCAAGGAAGAGCUUGCCAGGAAAUGCGGAAUUACCGUCUCUCAGGUGUCUAACUGGUUUGGUAACAAGAGAAUACGAUACAAGAAGAACAUAGGAAAAGCUCAAGAGGAGGCUAACCUGUAUGCGGCAAAGAAGGCGGCUGGAGCGUCGGCGUACGGUGGCCAGCAAGGGCAGAUGAUAAGUCCACCCCCGCCAGAUGCUAUGUAUGCAAUGGGCAUGAACGGCGCCACUGGAAAUGGAGAUUAUUCAACAUCAAUGGCCGCAGCCAAUGCAGUGCAAUCACAGAACGAACCUGAACUGAUGAUGAGAUUGAAGAAGAACAAGAAGAAGAAAAUCUUCAACUGGCCACCACCUACCGACUACAACGGUCGGAAUUGA